GAGAGAGAGAGUGAGCAGAGAGAGGUGGAAAGAUUGAGGGCAGUUCUCUAGUUACGGGGGGGGACGUGAAUGUCCGUUAGCUGCGUCUUGCUGAUAAUAGCACACAUCAGCCACAGCGCUGCGACUGAGAGCACAGACAGAGAGCUGAGAGUUGAACAGCUGAGUGCCGGAAUGACACUGUAGACGAGCGUAGAAGCGCGGAGGAAAGCGGGAGAGAGAGCGCAUCGUUCCGCGCCUUGGAGAGAGCCGAGCACAAAGGACCGAGAGAGCAGGAGAGGAGGAAAGACACAGGCUUGUUGUUUUGUCACGGUGAAGGGGAGUAAAAGUUCUCCCCAGGCAGAGAGCAGUGCUGAGGUCAGCAGCAGGGGGGAGGUGAACGUGGUGGGAGAAGUGGGGCAGCUGCGGGGAGGCUCACAGGGGGGUCCGCUCCUGCAGGCGCACAUCUCAUUGGUGUGGAGAGCCCAGGAGAUCCGGGGGGAGACCGUUGAAGCGCUCCGACCCCGUAGCCCGCCGUCACUCGCCCGGGGUGGCGAUGAUAAUGCCCCGCGCCGGACCAGGAUCUCUCCGCAUGGCUACCUCAGGAGCAUGAGGGCAGACACUGGGUACCCGCCACAAGACACCGACCGCUGGGAACAUUGCCUGUUCCCCUCCCUCGCUUAGCCAAGUGGCCGAAAGUUGCUGCUGUUGCUGGGGGUGGUAGAUAGAUUGGCGGUUUCUGGGCUCGGCGUGAACCAGUAGGCUACAGGUCACAGAGGGACUGCAAGUGGGGGGGGGGUGUCGUGACCUGUGGUCUCUGAGACAUGGUAGAGUGUGUUGUAGUUGAGAGCCCCCCUGCAGAGGCAUCAUUAGAGCAUGGAGAAGUCCAGCAGUGAAGAGUCCGCCAUUCACCGCAGCCCGUCCGUGGAUAGCCGCGACUCCGACUUUGCCCGCGCCUCCACUUCCGGCCGCCCGCUCGGUGGCCGCGGCUUCACCGCCGGUGCGUUCUACGGCUCCACGGGGCCGCAUGGCGCCGCUCCACAGGGGCCCGCUGGGACCGCGGCCGAUGCUAGCGUCAACGUCGGAGGGGACAAGAGCAGCGCCAACAAGUACACCGCGCCGAAAGGCAGCAAAUACGUGGUCUUUUACCUGGAUCUAUCCUUUGUGUUCCUUUUAGAGUUCAAGAAGUGCAACAUGGCACGCGGCUGUCUUUGCUGUCUGAAGUACAUGAUGUUCCUCUUCAACCUCAUCUUCUGGCUGUGUGGCUGUGGGCUACUUGGCGUGGGCAUCUGGCUGUCUGUGUCCCAGGGCAGCUUCGCCACCUUCUCGCCCUCCUUCCCGUCGCUCUCCGCGGCCAACCUAGUUAUUGCCAUCGGCGCCAUCGUCAUGGUAACCGGCUUUCUUGGCUGCCUGGGUGCCAUCAAGGAGAACAAGUGCCUGCUUCUGAGUUUCUUCAUUGUCUUGCUGAUUAUCCUGCUGGCGGAGCUGAUACUACUCAUCCUUUUCUUUGUGUAUUCAGAUAAGGUCAGUGAGAAUGCCAAGCAGGACCUGAAGGAUGGUCUGGCUCUGUACAACACAGAUAACAAUGUUGGCCUCAGAAAUGCCUGGAACAUCAUCCAAGCAGAGUGGAAGUGCUGUGGCGUGGUGGGGUACACAGAUUGGCAUGAGGCCCUCAAGGAGAAGGUGGUGCCCGACCGCUGCUGCCAGGAGCACUACCAGGAGUGUGGACGCAACUCCACCAACAUGUUCUGGUCUCGGGGCUGCUAUGAGAAGGUGGAGGAGUGGCUCGAUGACAAUAAGCAUCUCAUGGGAACCAUUGGAAUGUGCAUCUUGGUAGUGCAGCUCCUGGGCAUGGCGUUUUCCAUGACACUGUUCCACCAGAUCCACAGAACAGGGAAGAAGUACGACGCUUAGCGGGGGACAAACAGGACAUAGAAAAAGGAGCCCCAUGCACUGCCUGAUGGGAUAGACUCUGGGUGGCCCCUCCAUACCAUCCCUCUUUCAUCCCUAAGCUUCCCUUCCCACUCGUCCCAGAAACCAUGUUCAGGCAGCAUCUCUCGCCCUUCUCCUCUGCUCUGUCCACUACACCAUUCAUUUGCCAAAGAGAAAUGGGACUGGUAUAUAAAAGGACAAAUAUGCUUUUGGCAAGGAACCCUUAAAUUUUCUCUUUUCUUUAGAAGUAUGUGUCUAUUUUUGGGGUGCUUGGACUAACAGUAAGGAUUUUCUGAAACGACGGAAGCUUUACUAAUGCUCACAUCCCCCUGCAAGGCAAAGAAAGAAAAGACAAGAAAAAUGAUAUUGUAGUUCCCUCCAGGUUUUUAUGGAUUUUGUUGUGUUGAUGAUUCAUGUUAAUUUCCUUUUUCUCUUGUAAAUUAUGAAAGGCUCCCAGAUAGCAUGCUAGUUUUAUACUCCCUGGAACCCUUUGUCAUUGAAAUAUCAAAAUGUCUGAAAAAAGUUCCCCGCCGAAUACAAUUAUUAUUUUCUUCUCCUGUGCUUUAUGCUCCAGUGGAAUGGAGCAUUUGAUUUGAUAAGCGUUACCUGUUGUCAGAAGUGUGUUAUGUAUGAGACGUGACGAGAUGCUGUGGAAGGUUAGAGGUCAAGGUUCAGGGUGGAUAAAAAGUCAACGCCACAAUGCCAUGAGUUGGUGCUCCGGAUUCAGAGAGGUCAGGAGCGUCCUGUGAUGGGCAGAAUGAUACCUCUUGUAAUCAAUAGUUAUUUCAACCAGAUCACCAGGACAACCAUCUAUCCAAGCAACACAUAUAUAAUCACACUAUUGUUGUGCUCUCGAUGAACCCCCCCCCCACCACCACCAUUCUCCUAGUGUGUAACCCCGGGAACGUCCAUUCUCACAGAAGAGCAAAUGGACUGAUUCUAAAUGAGUUGAAAACGGGACUUUGAGGACUGGCAUGUGGAGGGAUGUGGUGCCGUUCAGCCUCUCUCUGAUGGCACCGACAAGGGAGCAACGGUGUUUGAUCUGAAUGAUGGAGAUGCCACCGCUGCAGAGACGGCAUGAUCCAAGAGGACAGAGAAAGCAGAGCUGCUGGAUGGAUGGCUGUCUCCAGACGUCUACUAAACGAUGGAUUGUCUGAACGAAAGAGUAGGAGGGAGAGUUAAUCCGCAGUGUUUCUCCGCUGGCACAACUCUCUCAUUUGUAUUCUCUCUCUCCACGCGUCGGUGUUAUGUUUCGCAGUGCACAUUUCCAGUGACAUUCCUGCUAGACUACAAGUGAUGAUGUAUCUCUACCUCUAGUCUGGAUGCUGCUGUUCUAUUUUUCAGAGAGCAUCCCCCUGCUUCAGAUGGGGGGAGGGAGGGAGGGAGUUGGAGCAAAAGACCAGGCAGUGGUUUGGCAAUGGCAACGCACCCUGUAGACAUGUUUUUAGAAUAAAUGUAUGAUUCAACAGCAGGAGUCCUGUUUAAUUGAGCAACAAGGGUUGUUCUAUUCAGGCUCCUUAGACGGCUGUAUUGUGAACCAGGCAUGGUUAAACUGCAGCCCCACUCAGUCUGCCCCAGGGGAAGUUCAGCUACAAAAUUAUUAACUUUUUUUUGUGGUCAGGAUUAUUAUUUUUAGGUCAGGAAAACACAGCAAGAUUGAUCUUGAAUGUCUAAAACUUUAUUUUUAAAAAGUGGGUAGGAAAGUUACUGGCCCUACUUAUUUUCCUUAUUUUACUGCCCUCUGUUGUUAGCCCACUCGACUGCUCCGAACUGCUUUGGAUGGCAGUCAUUAGGCACCAAAUGGACUGGAACAAGACUAAGUGGGAUUUUCUGUUGCACGCCUUACUGAACAUGAACCAAGUUUUCUUUUAACUCAUCAUGCAGAAGUACAGGGAACUUUAAGGAGUAGUCGCUGCCAACAGUCUCCUGGUAGUAAUCAGCUGACUGAUUGUUAACACGAAGGAGAAAUAACUGAAUGCUGACUGUACUUAGUCAUUUGUUUAGCAGUUUGAUAAACGGGACCAGAAGUGUCUCAGUUCUAAAAUGUUAUCCUAGAAACACAGGAAGUUCAGGGGCUUAGGGUUCUGCUGGGGAUUCGACGUGUAAGAACUGACACUGCAUUGCUGCUAUGGGGAUGUUGUGUCGAAGAGAAAUGAGAAGGAAGAGGAUAUUGAACAAGCUAGCUCAGAGACACUGUGGCCUAGCUCUCACCCUCCGUUUGCAUUGAGAAACGUCCACAGGAUCAUUGUUAUAAUUUCACGGCUAUGGGUGAUGUGCCCUGGGAUCUACAUACUUUCAGCUGUGGUAGAUUGCAGUGGACAGGGGGUUGUGUGUGUCGGCGUCACACUGUAGGCUCAGAUGGUGGUUGUCUCUGAUUCAUCCAGUUCCCUUUCAUACUCCCAUGUUUGACUUCCACAAGGAAAGCUAGCAGCUGCUGAAGCAAAGCAUGUGAGCGGUCACAUUCUCUCUGCCUGGGUGCAUCAGCAAACAUUUGUCACAAUUUAUGCUCCAGUAAAUUCUGGGAAGUACUGUACAUGCCAGGGUUGACGUUUGUGGAGACAUAGUUGGUCUGGUCACUGAAGACCACGUUUUCUGUUACCUACAUGUGUAUCCUGUGUAUCUCCCUUGUUCACUCUUGUACCUCCUCCCCUGAGUAGGACCAGGUAGUAGUUAGGAGAUAUUGGCCAUUAUACUUUCUCCCAGAAGUAAUACUGAAUCUGACAGAAUUCUGAAGACUACAUUAAUAAGUUCUGUGAUCAUUAUUGCUUUGGGAAAGCCACAGUGUGUGAAGUGAUAUAGUGGGAUGGAAUGGUUUAAUGUUGAAUAAACUGAAGGGCAGCCUCUUCAGCAUGAUUACAGGCAGACGUAUAUCUUAAAAUGUUGAAGACACACCGCCUUCACAGCAUUCAUUACGUCAGGCCUGGAAAAUGAAUCAUGUAAAUAUCCCCAUCUGUUUACCUCCAUUGACAUAAAUCCAACACUCAGUGCCCUCUCUGAAAUGUAAUAUGUCUCCUAUUUUAGAAAUGUUUCAGUUCCUCUGUGGGAAUUUUGUCAUGUUCUUUAGUCUUCAAUUGGUUCUUCAGUGUUAUGUCAAAAUAAUUGUCUUUCUGUUUGUAGGGGGGGGCAGAAGGUGACUAUCACUUUAACACAAGUAUGAUUUUCUCCCCCCUCCCUUUUUGUUUUUUAACAUUGGCUGUCCUUGCUUUUUACACUUAUGUUUAUGUACGCUGUGUUACUAUGUUCUACUUGGCUUAGUUUUCUGUCUGAAGCUCGCUGUCAGUCACCUGGAGAACAUGACACCAUUAGUAUUAUAUCCUCGGGAUUACAGACGGAGAGUUAGACAAGAGUUGCAGAUAAAGAGGAAUAACGUUAGACUCCUUUUCAAGGUGUAACUUAACCACCUCCCUGUAUUAACUUAGCUGGGAGUCCUGUUUGAGGGAGGAAGAUGCAGAGAGAAAAUGAAUGACUGCACGUUUGUUGUUUGGUUUCGAAGUGAAGACCCUGUGUACAUUAGGAAUGUGCUAUUCUGUUGUCUGUAGUAUGUCUUUUUAACCAUGCCUGUGCUUCUUUUGUGAAUGCCCACCCAAAUCAUGGCCUGUGGAGUGAGGUACAUCUCAGAUGAAACUGACUGCACAAAAGAAUUCCUUUCACUGCGUUACCUUUUUCCUAGUCCAACGUGUGUAAAUAUUCUAACUUCACUUCAGCUGGGAGAAUGUUGGUCUUGCACCUCUGCAACAGAAAGGAACUCAUUAGUCUAAUGCCCAUUGGCAUCUUCUGAUAUUGAAAGAAAUUCCAAAACGACACCAGGAUGUUACCAACUAACACCCACACUUCUCUGACUGUUUUUCUGGAAGGAAUUUUCUCCGCUGUGUGAGCUCAUUUCCCACCCAUUAAUUAGUGUUAUUUUAUUUGUUUGAUAGUUUGUACUUUUUAUUCAGGAGCAGUGUAAUUAAAUGUAAAUGUGUUUUAUGGGGUUAGUACUGUAUUCAUAUUUUUAUUUACAAUAUUGCGACGUGUAGUAAGGGAUAGAAGACAUCCAUGGAUUUGUAAUGAGCAUUAGGUAUUCUUUCUUUUCACAUGGAAACUGCUACAGAGAAGGAAAUAAUGUUUUGGGGGGGGAGGUUUUAACGGCUAUUUCAAACGAAGCAGCUCAUUUCUACCACCUUUGACUUAUUUUUAUAAUCUCAUACCUAAUCCCCCACCCGCUAAAGCUGACUGAGCUGUUGCCUCUGAAAUGUAUGCUAUUGAAUGGUGUGUUUGAUGUAGUUUCAUGGCAAACGGCAGUAUUAUUUGGUACCUGUCAGCCUUGUCCUGUGGAGUUUUUUGCUACAUGUAAAAGCACUCUGGAUAUCUAUAUUAGGUGGAGCACUACAUUUCAUUCUUUAAAUCCUACUAUUUUUUUGAAUAAAGAAAAAUGUGUGGCAAAAUC